AUGAACCGAAAAUACGAAAGAGCAUAUCGCCUGGAGUGGGAACAAGAUCCAGUGCUUUCAUCAUGGAUAUCGAAAUCUAAAGAAGAUCCAGACGUAGCAUUUUGUAAAGCAUGCAAUACAAAAUUAGUGUCAAGACUGUCUGCUUUAAAAGAGCAUGCUAUUACUAAAAAACACGUUAAGAACAUGAUUGGAUAUAGCGGGCAAUCCUCGGUGCAACGUUUUUUUAAAGACUCUCCAAUAGAAGUUGAGGUGAAAAAAGCAGAGCUUAAUAUGUGUGCGUUGUUAGUAGAGCAUAAUUUGCCAUUUCGCUUAAUGGAUCAUAUGAGUGAAAUUAUUUCCAAGUGCUUUUCUAAUCCAGAAGUUGCCAAAUUAUUUUCUUGUAAAAGAACCAAAGCUGCUGCGUUAACUUAUAAUGUUUUAAAACCUGAAUUGGAGAGGGAAAUGCAUGAGGAUUUAAAAUCUUAUCAAAACAUAAGUUCUCAGGCACCAGUUUUUUCUCUAAUUAUGGACAAAAGUACAGAUGUUUCCUCGACAAAAAUGCUUGCUGUUGUAACGAAAUAUUAUUCUAAAAAAUGUUUAAAAGUAAAAACGAAAUUUUUAACUUUGGUUGAUUUAGAAGGUGAAACAGCACAACACUUGUUUGACGCACUUUCGAAGGCAUUGCAAGAUGUAAAUCUUGAUAUUAAAAAUGCCAUUGGUUUUGGUGCUGAUACUACAAAUGUAAUGUUUGGUGAUCGUGGUGGAGUUAUUGCCAAAAUUAAAGAAGAAAAUCCACAUUGUGUUUUUAUAAAAUGUGUGUGUCAUUCCACUGCAUUAUCAGUUAGCCAUGCAAGUAAGGACAAAUUACCAAGGGCUGUAAACCAAGUUGUUCAGGAGGUAUAUGGGUAUUUUGCUCACAGUAGCAAACGGCAAAGGGAAUUAUCUGACUUUCAAGAAUUUGGAGAUUAUACGACUGUGCACAUGGUCUUUAAAGACGUUUCUGAAAUGUUUAUGUCACUGUUGAGUUGCUACAUGAAAAGCAACUACAUAAAAUGCACAGACCCAUUAGAUCUAGACCCCAAAUCUACCGUUAACUUUUUACCUCUAAAGCAGAUGUAUUUGGGUGUUAACGUCGGUAGAGAAAUUGAUCGCCUAGGAAAAGAUUUCAACGACCAAAUUCGGACAUUUCUAGAUCGUAUGCAAUCAUUUUUAAUUGAGCUUUGCUCUCAAUUAAAAACACGACUGCCAUUAAACAGCUUGUUUAGGGAUUUGAAGUUUUUAGCACCCCAACACGUCGUAUAUGAAGACAUUUCGUCCAUUGCAAAUAUUAUCAACAAUUUUCCUAAUCUUGGCAAUGAUAAUCAUAUCCAAAAAAUUGAUGAAGAGUACAGACAACUUAAACUUGAUAAAGACGUGGAGGAUUUGUUGGAAUCAGGCGGAAGUAGUUCCAAUUCAAUUUUAAGUGUUGAUAAGUUUUGGGGUGCUAUUUACAUAUUUCAAAUUUUGCGAAGGGGCUGUUGUGUUUGCCGAUGUCCAACGCUGCGUGUGAGAGAAUCUUUUCUCAAAUUAAUCUGA